AUGCCAAGCUUGAGUAGGACCUUUUUCGCCCUGACUUUUUUGGCCGCCCUCCCUCUGAAUUGGGCUACAGUCAAUGGCCCUGUUAUUUCUGCCAACUUUCCUGAUCCUGCCAUCCUUGCGACCAGCGGGGGUACUUAUGCAUUUGCAACCAACUCCGGCAAUAUCAACAUUCAGGUUGCAACGUCACCUGAUGGAGGCGUAACUUGGGAAUUGCAGUCUGGUGUUGAUGCACUCCCAAAUGUAGGGUCUUGGGCAACUGUAAAUAGUACUUGGGCACCUGAUGUCAUUGACAGAGGGGAUGGAACUUUUGUAAUGUACUACGCCGCAUGGUCGACUUCACAAAGUACUCAUUGCGUAGCAGCUGCUACUUCUACCUCCCCUGUCGGACCGUACACUCCGGAGUCACAGCCCAUUGCCUGUCAAACUCCAGGCGGUGGUGCAAUUGACCCCGCAGGGUUCCAGGAUACUAACGGUACUCGCUAUAUAGUGUACAAGGUGGAUGGGAGCAGUCUUGGAGGAGGUGGACCUUGCGGGAAUGCCAACGGAGAAUAUUCUACUCCCAUCAUGCUCCAGGAAAUGGAGGCUGACGGUGUCACGCCUACUGGGGAACCGGUCCAAAUUUUGGACAGAGGGCAAUACGAUGGACCCCUUAUUGAGGCUCCAGCUCUUAUCUUGCAUAACGGAACCUACGUGCUUUUCUUCUCCUCGAAUUGCUACAAUACCGAUCUCUAUGACGUCUCAUACGCAACUGCGCCAUCCAUUUCCGGGCCAUACACCAAGGCUUCCUCUCCGUUGCUUGUAACUGGUGACGAUAACCUCACGGCACCUGGAGGUGCGACACCACGCCCUGAUGGUGGGUUCAUGGUGUUUCAUGCAACUGUAAACACAAAUCCGUUGACUCGUUAUAUGUAUACGGCGACGUUGACCUGGAAUGGGACUAUCGUGAGCACAUGA